AUGGACCGUGAUAUAUUGCUAGAGAACUCGAACAUCGAGUCGAUGGUGUCCGAUAUCCUGUUUCAAGGUUUGUUGACGGAACAAGAAGAAAAGGAAUCCCCACCACAUGACGACUUACAAUUUGGAAGAAAAGAAGCUAUCAACACGAAGUAUGUGGACCCAGCGCAGUUUUUGGCCAUGGAUAGUGCUAAGAUACAGUCGACAUUGACUGUACGGGGCUUACCGGAAAUCUCGAGAGUUGAGAAUCAAUUGAAGUUGCAUCUGACUCUUACGGGAGGUCAAUUGUUAGAACAUAAGUCCAUGGUGCAUUUACCUGCGGAUUGUAUCGCAAAGGAAAAACUAUAUUUGACUAAUGAUGAUAUUACGACGUUUCCCGCUUCUUUGAAGCAUAAACUUGUACACCUCGAAGCAUAUUUGUUAUGUGCUGGGUCUGAAGCUGAUACUACUGUUUGCAAACGAUGUGUCGAAAGAGAAUUGAAAAGGGCUUCAAGGAGAAAAUCAGGACUGAGUGAUAAUAUGUUAUGGUGUAACAAUCCUCAUAGAAGAGCCAUUAUCUUUAAGAAUAGACAAAUUAUGAAUAUGACCAAGAUGGGUACAAAGUCACUAGAGUUUGACCUUGUGGCUAGAAUUGUGUGUUAUUCUCGUCAUAAUAAAUCCAAAGAAGGUUUUAAAUUGUUAUUUGUAGUGAGAGACUCCGAAGAUGGGACAGUAAUGGCAAGGACAGUGACACAUCCGAUUGUGAUUAUGGAUAAAAAACAAUCAGCAUCAACUUCGACCUCUACGUCGACUUCCCUGGCUGAAAUGUUUACUUCGAAUCAAUUGUUUUUAUCAUCAGAACUGGAAUCAUCUUCACCAUUUACCACUGUACCAUUCCCAUCACCAUCAUCACUUAGUGAAGAUAGUAAUGUUGGGUCUAGUAAACGAUCGCGUACUAGUAUAGACUCUACAGGUUCCUGGCAACAGGCCAUUGCAAAUAUAGCAACAUUACCAACGCCUCAGGAUGAGAUUCAUGCACCAACAAUUCAAAGGAUUAUUCCUGCACAAGGCCCAAUCAAUGGUGGCAUAGAGAUUACUUUAUUAGGGAAAAAUUUCAAGCAAGGUCAACGAAUUAAAUUUGGUGAAAAUAUAGCAUUGUCCACACAAUGUUGGAACGAUUCUACUAUGGUAACGUAUUUACCCCCUGCAUCAACGCCGGGACAGGUAGUGGUAACGAUAGAAGAUAAACCAGGGACUGUGUCACAAAUUAAUGUUCAUCAAUUGGCAUCUUUACAACUUCCACCACAAUCACCACAGACGGUAAACUUGAAUGCAAUUUUUACUUAUGUCGAUGAUACCGAUAGACAACUAAUUGAAUUAGCGUUGCAAAUUGUAGGAUUGAAGAUGAAUGGUAAAUUAGAAGACGCUAGAAACAUUGCUAAGAGAAUCGUUGGAACAAGUAGUACGCAUAGUACUCCAAGUCCCAUGUCUUCCUCAGCAGGUGGUUACACAGAUGACGAAUCCCUGAUAGUCAACGUAUUAACAUCAUUCAAGAUCGGUAGUAAAAAUUUGAAUCUUUCCGUAUGUGAUCCUCAAGGAAGAACAUUAUUACAUCAUGCGGCAUUAAAAUCUUAUCAUUCUCUAUUAAGAACAUUGAUUAAUUAUGGUGCUUAUGUCGAAAGACCCGAUUUGUUCGGGUUCACACCAUUACAUCUUGCAUGUGUUGCAGGAGAUUAUAAAACAAUUGAGAUGUUAUAUGAAGGUUGCCAUUGUGCUCCUUCUGCAGUAACUAUCAAUGGAAUGACUGCAAAGACUUUACUUUGGAUCAAUCAUCAUUUGAAAUGGAAUAAUAUGUUUGAUACUGAAAAUGAUACGACAUCUCAGUUGUCAUUAUCUGCAGUAUCCUCAUUCACAGAUUUAUAUUCACAGACAAAUAUUACUGUUCCGAUGAGUAACGAUUCAGAUGAUGCCAUGGCAGACGAUGAGAAUGAAUCAGAAACAUAUGAGGAUAAAUCCGUCUUGACCGAAACCGAAGAGGAUAUUGAUACUACUUCAUUAUGGAACAGAAUGGUCACCAAUCUAACGAAUAACGAUCUAUUGCCUAAAUACGAAGAUUUAUUCCCUAAAGGUCUACUUGACUUGAACACUAAGGCUAACACCUUAUUACAACAGGAUCAACCUCACGUCAAUAUUGAGGACGAAGAGUCCGAAGAAGAAGGUGAUGAUCUUGAAGAUCUCCGCAACAGUGUACAACAAUUCUUUUUACAACAACGUACAAAGUUCCAGAAUGAUAGUAUGCUAUUAUUCUUUUGGAUUCCAUUAAUGGUUAUCCUAAUUUGCUCGAUGACUCUUUACACUCUAGGUCAUGAUGAUAAUUUUAUCCAGACUCUAGGUGAUAGGGUCUCCAAAUAUUUGAGGAUGGGAUUAAGUCAUGUCAUCCUAGGAAAUGAACGUAUGAAAACAGUAGUACGUAAACAGUUCCAAACUUUCCAAACACCGCAUGUCCUUCCAGAAAUGACCUUGUAA